ACUGCGCUCGCCCGCCAUGGGGCUGGAGCUGCUGCUCCCACUGCUCCUGCUCUGGACUCAGAGGACCCAAGAGUCCAAGCUGGACCCUGAAGGGCUGGACCCCAAACGGUUGGACCCCAAACGGUUGGACCCCAAAGGGCAGAAUGUUUGCAAGAGCAGCAGCCCCCUUGCCGAGCUCCUGUGCUGUCCAGGCUGGAGGCAGAAAGAUCAAGAAUGUACUAUCCCCAUCUGUGAGGGGCCGGACGCCUGUAGGAAAGACGAGGUAUGUGUGAAACCAGGCCUCUGUCGGUGCAAACCUGGAUUCUUCGGGGCCCGGUGCAGCACCCCCUGCCCGGACCAGUACUGGGGCCCCGACUGCCGUGAACCCUGUUCCUGUCACCCCCACGGCAAGUGUGACCCAGUCACAGGUGUGUGCCAGUGCCAAGCCAACCGCUGGGGCAACAACUGUGAGCACCAGUGUUCCUGCGGGACCCACGGACGUUGCGACCCCAAGACUGGCCUGUGCCGCUGUGACUCAGGCUGGUGGUCGGAAACAUGCCAUCGCCGAUGCAGGUGCAACCCGUUGGCACAGUGUGACGAGAUCACAGGCACCUGCCUGUGUGCACGAGGCUGGUGGGGCGAGCGCUGCAACUUUAAGUGCUCCUGCCACACGUCACCUUGUGCACCAGACACAGGCCGCUGCGUAUGCCUGCCCGGGUGGUGGGGGCUCGACUGCAAGCGGCCGUGCAGCUGCAUCCACGGAUCCUGCCACAGCACUUCUGGCCAGUGCACUUGCAUGCUUGGCUUCCAGGGCACAAACUGCGAUCAGCCCUGCACCCCUGGCUACUAUGGGAUGCGGUGCCUCCAAAGAUGCGGCCACUGCAAGGAGAAUGCACCGUGCUCUAAGGAUUUAGGCCACUGUGAGUCCUGUGAGCCAGGAUGGAAUGGGACCCUGUGCCAGGUGUCUUGCUCACCGGGCACCUUUGGCGAGAGCUGCAGCCAACAGUGCCCCCGCUGCCGGGGUGGGAAGCCCUGUCACGCAGAAACAGGACACUGUGAGCACUGUGACCCUGGCAGGAUGGGGCCCAGAUGUGAGGACAGCUGCCCAGCUGGUACCUUUGGAGAGGACUGCAGCUCUAUCUGUCCCACCUGUGUUCAGGGGGCCUGUGACUCUGAAACUGGAGAAUGUGUCUGCAGUGCUGGCUACUGGGGGACCAGCUGCAACAGUUCCUGCCUGCCUGGCUUCUAUGGCAGCAACUGCUCCCUGCCCUGCCAGUGCUCAGAUGGAUUCUGCAACCCUAUUUCUGGAGCCUGCCCCUUGGUCCUUUUCAGCAAAGAAGUUGCUCUCGUUGGCAGCCUUGUGCUUUUCCUGCUGCUCCUCCUGGGCAUUGCCUACUACUGCUGGGCCACUCGGCGGGACCCUAAGGACAGGCCUGCGAGGGGUGGAACCACCUUGUCCAGGAUGAAGCAGCAGGUCUGCGGGGCACUGAGCAGUCUGGGCUCUGCACUUACUUGCGGCUCUCUCAGUGGCUACAAGCUUCCCUGGGUGACAGUCUCUCACCACGACCCGGAAGUCCCCUUCAACCACAGCUUCAUCGAGCAACCCUCUGCUGGCUGGGCUUCUGAGGACUCCUUCUCCUCUGAUUCUGAAUCUGGAGCAGAGAACGAGGAUUCUGCCUACUGCGUGUCAUCCCCAAAAGGGACGGUUCCUGUGGCCCAAGCAGAGUCGUCAGAGGCCACCUUCCCUCCCCCUGAGGAUGCCUCCACGCCAUUCCCUAUCCCGAGAACCUCCAGCUUAGCCCGGGCCAAGCGGCCCUCGGUCUCCUUUGCUGAAGGCACCAAGUUUGUGUCACAGAGUUGCCGAAGCUCGGGGGAGCUCCCCAGCCCAAUCCGAAAACCCAAGAGGCUCUCCAGAGGAGCCCAAGCAGGUCCUGAGAGCCAGGAGACUGAGGAGUCCACAAGCACGGAACAAGCACAGGUGGAUAAGGCCCCUCCUGCUGCUGCCACACCCAGCAAUUCUGCCAAUGGCCAGCGAUUCCCACGUGGUAGCCAGAAAGCGGCCGAGCACGGGGAAACCACUGAGGACAACGUCCAGAAGAGCUCCGAUUCUGUGGCCACGAUCUACAUGCUGGCAGGGAUGCCUGAGAGAUCCGAGGGCUCUGUCUUGUCUGUCUUCCGCCGUCUGGGUAACUUCCAGAAAGGCCAAGCAGAAGCCAACGUCAAGAGUGCCAUCCCUAAGCCUCCACGCCGAGCUCUGGCUCGGAAGAAGGGCAGCCCUGGCCCGGCUCCCAACGCCAGUCUUGGGGCCGUGGAAUCUAUAGGAGUUAGGCAGGAGGAGGUGUCCAGGGUGCUGGGGGAUGGCAGUGAGAGCCCAGGGAGGACCCAGGAACCAGUCUCCAGGAACAGCCUCCCAGAACAUGCUCCCCAGAAACACGUUGAAGAGGAAGGGCCGGAGGAGCCCCUGUAUGAGAACGUGCGUGUGCCUGGGUAACCAGCGUCCUGAAGACCUUAGAUUCGGGCAGUCGGAAGAAUAUGGAUGGGGUGGUGGGCUGGAGGCACCAGAACUGCCAUGAAUCGGACGGUGCUUUGUGCUGGAGCCAGGACGCACUCAGCAGAGCCUCUGCACAGGAAAAGGCCAGGGCUAGAGGCCAGCUAGCUGGCUUUGGGUCUUGGCAGUGCUCCGGGAGUAGGUCUGGAGGGCCUGGGCAGGGAUCCUGCAGGAAGGGGUCAGGAAGAGGGAAAAGACACUGUAGGGACUUUUUGUCUGUUGCCCUGGAUUCUGCCCCCAAACCACUGUUCUUUCCUUCAUUUGCCAAACAUUUUUUCUGAAAUGGAAAACAACCUAAAUGUUUGAUGUCAAAAGACUGGUUAAACAGAUACUUCUUAGGAGAGGUUACUACUAAAAAUCAUGUUGUACAAAAGAUAUUUAAUGUGGGAGAAUGUUCGUGCUACUCUAAGUGUGUAAAAAGUGACAUACAAAGUAUGGACUACAGUACAGUACAAUAGCUUGUUGUUGCUUUUGUGCUGAGGAUUGAACUCGGGGCCUUACUUUUGCCAAGCACAUGUUCUGCCACUGAACUAUAGCA